AUUGUAGAUGCGCAUGCAACUAAAUAUGUAUUUAAAAAACAUACGCGAUGAGAUGGUAUAAUUUCUGCGGACAACCACAUUCCGUGUAACCCGCAAGUCUUUUACGUUGAUAGGUCAAGCUACCUCUACUGGUAGUUAAACAAUAAUCACUUCCACCACAGAGCAACCGUCGAAAAAAAAAAAGAUUUGAAAUAGUCAAUAUAAGAUCCUUGUUGCAUAUUUUCUUGAUAUUAACUCUCCAGCGUCUUUCUGAAUCACUACGAACAGGUUUUGUCAUGGCAGCUACGUUGGAUUUUAGGACCCAUGUGGACCAGUCCUGCAGAUAUUCGGAGGAAUUCGUCAACAUUUACUACGACUGCAUGGAUAAGAAGAGAAGGAACCUGACCAGACUGUACUUGGAUAAGGCAACGCUGGUGUGGAAUGGUAACACCGUGUCCGGACUAGAUGCCCUCGGGGAGUUCUUCGAGGCGCUCCCUUCUAAUCUAGCAACCCAAGGUCAGAUGACUCUGCUGGUUGUGACUGGCGGGAUGGUCAAGUUUGAGGGGAACAAGCAACGUUUCUUCAACCAGAACUUUCUUUUAACGGCUCAGGCGUCACCUAAUAACGACCAGCCCGUGUGGAAGAUCGCUAGUGACCGGUUCCGUUUUCAAGACUGGAAUAGCUGAGUGAUCUCAUUUCAACUGUUUUGUCUUAUAAUGAAGUCAUAUGAAAAAGGUAUUUAUUUUCAAGAAACAACUUGAACAAUAAGGCCUGUGAUCAGAACAGAGUGCUUUGUGUACAAAUGAGUUCAGUACAUAUAAAACACUCAAGAUAUUAACAUGAUCAUUUUCCCCUUUAAAAGUGAAGCUGCUACUACCAAGCAUGUUCCAAGUGCAAACAACCCACUUUUGGCAGUGUCCCAAGAAUAAACAUCUGCUGCUGGUGUUCCUGAGUCAUUAUGGUUACACAUUUGGUCUUUCUUCAGCAUUAUUUGAUAUAAAUAGCAUGAAUACAAUUAGCCAGAAUAAAUUAAGUCGAGGUUGUGUCAAGCAUAUCUCUGGAUAGGGGUGUUGGUGACCUCACUCUUCAUGUAAAUGUUUCACAGGGCUGUUGAAACCAUUUGACGACUAAGCAAAACGCGGAAUUCCGCCGACGCCAUACAGUAAGUGCUGCGGACCCAAGGCACAGUAACAUCAGUACUCCAACUAAUAAAAAGAGCAUCACGAUCAGUAAGUUCAUGAAUGUAACAGCACAGUUUUAGCGACAAGUGGAGUGAUUCUUUAAGGGUGACCGAAGAGAAAAAAAAACCUUCAAAAAAGCAGCUAUCCUUGCACAUCUUUAACGAUCGAAGGCUAUCGAUCGACAGCUUCAAAUUCCACGUUCAGCUCGUUUUCAAUUGUGUGCUUCUGGACCACAAGACAGAACCCCACAGAAUUCACAGGAAACUAUUUACAGGCAAUAAAAGUGGUCAAGUGGAAAUAAAGCCUCUUGGGAGAGAAUGUGGGUGUUAUUUGCCACUAUACAUUCUCUCUAUGUGGUGACGAUAGUGGUUCUUCAGCUCUUUGCGCUUCAGCUUAAAUGCAUCUGUGACCAGACCGGUUUCAGGUGUCCAUGGUUCCGGGCUCAGAUGGACUUUCGUGGGAAUUUCAAAGCGCUGCA